AUCAUCGAAUGAGAAAGUCGGGUUCUACGGUUUGAGCUGACUUUCGGUGAUUUGGGUUUGUUUGCUCUGCUGAGAUUGGAGCACCAAACCCUCUGUCUCCUUUUGGAUUUCAAAUGUGAUGAUUUCGUAUCUGUUGCUUAUUUCUCUCAUCUCCGGACCCGACCCGCGUCGCGUAGCUGGAAAUGGUGGGUGAGUCUUCCAGCGGGGCUGCUGCAUACACAAAGUAUCGAACUUGAAACCUUCCUUAAGCUGGAACAAGCCGCUUACCACUUGAUUCAACCCCUCGUUGGUAUCACAUUUCCUUUCUUGCUGCUGGUGGUAGAGGAAGAUUGAGGAAGGGGUUUAGCGAAGAGAGAAGAAAGAAAGGUAGAUCUACGGUGAUUAGAUCUGGGCAUGGGAGUCCGACGGGGAAAAUUUUGAGUGGUGGGGCUAGGCCGGAGGUGAGAAGAGGAGAUGAGAAAAGGGCGGAGACAACGGGGAUGGGCAAUGGGUAACAGUUGGAGAAAAGAUGGAAGAGGAAGAUCGUGGGUUCAGGAGCCGAGAAAGAGAGAGAAAGAAACUUGGUGGUGGCUGAUUUUCCAAAUUUGAGUUUAUUGGGAGGAGAAGAGGCCCUGAACUCCUCGCUGAAGCUGAUGUGUCAGUCUAGUGCUUCCUCGGUGGAGAUGGCCGUGUGGGAUCUCUGCACCAUGUCCUUGAUGGCCUCAAUACAGAGGCCACAAAUCCAGCGGCCCAGGUAGCGUUCCCGGACGCGGAGGAUGUAGGCCGGAGUGUAUUCCUCAAUAAAGCAGCAGCAAUGGCAUUUGACGGACUGGAUUUUGGUGAGAGGAGUGACUUUGGUUGACGGUGGCUGAGUCUCUAAGCUGGCGAAUGUCAUGGCUUGAGAUAGAAGAUUAGAGAUUGGUGAUAAGAUAGUCUGAAAUGAUUGAGUUUUGAAAUUAAAAAUCGUCUGGGAAGAACGAAAAAACAAACGCGCUUAUACAAAAUUGUUAGGUGAGUUGUAAGCAUGAGGAAGGUGAAGAACAAGGGGUGAUUUGGUGACGAAAAAGGAUUAGUAGAGCGGUCAGUUGUCAGGUAAAUAUCUCACUUGCUUUUUAGUCCAAAUUUAUGUUCUUUAUGAUGGGUCUAUUAGAUUAUCAGCCAGCAAAAAGAUUGUGCAUGUUUACAGAAGAUGGAGUUGGAUGAAAUAAUCAGAGAAAAGAGAAGGGGUGUCGUAUUUGAUUUGUUGAGAGGUUUGUUAUGGGUUUUUGUGAAACAAGGAGAAGAUGCAAUUAGUUUUUUUUUUUUUGGUUUAUCUAAUAACCCCUAUUUCUUUUGUUUUUUCCCCUCUCCUCUAUGUUUUAUAUCUCUCAAAUUUUCUUUUCUGUUAGGAUUUACACUGUUGUUCUAGGUUGUAAGAUUUUCUCUCUUCUUUCACCUAUAUUUGAUAUAUUUUUGUUUAAGUUUUAUAUGGGAAGGAAAUAUUAUUACUUUGGAAUACUGUUGAUAAGAAUUGACUAGAGUAGAGGAUUUAAAUUUAGUUGAAUUAGGACUGCUUUUGUUUUCUCAGUCUGAUUUUCUAUGCUUUCAUUGGUGGAUAUUAUUUACCAUUUAAAAUCCAAUAGACAUCCAACCAGGGUAAGUACAUCCCUCUCUAAAUUCAUGUUACUUUUCUCCUCUGAAUAGAAUAAGAGUUGCAAAUGUUUGCUUUAUUCGUAGUAAGGGAACCUGAUUAUUUCAAGUUAUGUUUCAAUAUUUGUUACAUGGUUGACUAAAAGUAUGUUUCAUUGUACUAACAUCUUUGGUUUUAUGCUAUUCUUUUGGCAAUAAGAUAGUAAUGUUAUGUGAUUUUGAUCAUUGUUACUGCACUGGUCUAUAAUAAUAUUAGGGAAUUAGAUCCACUGCAAGUUUUUAGAGGUCAGAGUUAAGCUGUCCAGGGAACCUCAUUUAAAAUGAAAAUAUUGUACUAGU